AUGCCCCGGGAGCGCGGCCCCUUCGUGCCUCAGCCCCCCCCCCCCCCCCCCCGGCUGCCCUCGGCCCGGCUCUGCCCCCGGCUGACGCACAUCCUCCGCCUACGGCCCCGCCGCUUCCCGGCUCCGCCGCCCACGGGCCGGGGGGGGGGGGAGCCCGCCCGAGCCCGCUCCCCGCCUACGGGCGCCCGCUGCCCACGGGGCCCGGACCCGCUCGAGGCUGCGGGAGCCCCGCGCUUCGCCCCCUCCCCUCCGUGGGCCGUGAACGGGGGCACGGAGCCCCCGGACCCGGUCCGGCCCCGCACGCUGCCCGGCGGAGCGGCGGAAGGUGGCGGCGCGGCCGCGGCGGGAGGGAUGAAACCGGCUCCGGGACGGCGGCGGCUGCCGUGGGGCGCGUUGGUGCCGGUGCUGCUGCUGCUGCUGCUGGUGGGGACCGCAGGUACGCGGGGACCGGGGGGCGCUGCGGCCCGGAACGGGAGCGGGGCACGGGCCCUCUCGUUCGCCACCUCCGGAGCGGGGCUGACACCGGGGGAUGCGCUGCCCGCUCCGUCCCUCCUUGCAGAUGCCGGGGCGCCGCCGGUGAUCUCGCUCCUGGAGGGCCGCGUGUACCAUGAGUCGUCCCCGCAUCACUUCUGCUACACCAACACGCACAAGCCGCGGUGGCACGAGAUCUGGACCAGGAUGCAGAUCCGGGUGAACAGCAGCCGCAUGAUCCGGGUCACCCAAGUGGGCAGCGAGGAGGAGCUGGGCGAGUCGAGCGUGUGGAGUUUCCUUUCGUCCUUCCUAAAGGAGAAGCUGAACGACACCAGCAUCGACGUGGACCUCUACAGCAAGAAAACCUGCCUCAAGGUGGAGCUGCUGGAGGACGGCACCGUGUACUGCGUCGUCCUCUUCCGACGCUUCGACCCGAAGCUGUUCCUGGUGUUCUUCCUGGGCCUGUUGCUGUUCUUCUGUGGGGACGUGCUGAGCAGGAGCCAACUCUUCUUCUACUCAGCCGGGAUCAGCUUUGGCUUGCUGGCUUCAUUGCUCAUCCUCAUCUACAUGGUCUCCAAGGUCCUGCCCAAGAAGAACCAUGUUUACUUGCUGCUGGUGGGGGGCUGGUCCUUCUCCCUGUACCUGCUUCAGCUGAUCUUCAAGAACCUACGGGAGAUCUGCAGGACCUACUGGCAGUACCUGCUGGGUUACCUGCUCCUCAUGGGCUUCGUGAGCUUCGGCAUCUGCUACCGCUACGGCCCAUUGGAGAAUGAGCGCAGCAUCAACCUCCUCUCCUGGGCCCUGCAGCUCCUGGGCCUCUUACUGAUGUACUCAGGCAUCCAGAUCCACCCCAUCGCCUUGGCCCUGGUGGUCCUUGCCUUCUGCACCAAGAACCUGGAAUACCCAUUGCACUGGGCUUUCGCUGCCUACAGGAGGCUGCAGGGAGCCUGGCUCGGGCCGAGCCCCCCACGCCUGCUCACGGAGGAGGAAUUCCGGCUCCAGGGCGAGGUGGAGACCCGCAGGGCCCUCGAGGAGCUUCGGAGCUACUGCAGGAGCCCGGAUUUCUCUGCCUGGACAGCGGUGUCCCGCAUCCAGGCGCCCAAGAGGUUUGCUGACUUUGUGGGCGGUGCCUGUCACGUCACCCGCGACGAGGUCUCUGUCCACGAGCGCGAGUACGGCCUCGGUGGCAUCUUCCUUGAGGACCAGCUCUUCGAUGAGGAGGAGGAGGAUGAAGAUGAAGACGAUGAUGAUGAUGAUGCCUCCCUUGCCAGGAAUCACACCUGUAACUCCCUGCCCUCCAACCACCUGGAUGCUCAUUGAGGUUGGCUGCCCUGCACGGAGGUGAGGGGCAGAACUGCCGCUGCUGCCCCGUUGGAGCCCCUCUUCCCACGCCAGCGCCUCCGGGCUCUGCUGGGAGCCUCCCUGGCUAUGGGGUGGGGACGGAGCGAAAGCGCUGUCUCGUGGGAGGGUGCCUGGGAGGGUUGAGGUGCAUGAGGGGACCUUCGGACCGGGCCCUGCGUGCUCAGCCCGUGCCCGCAGCCAGGCUGCUGCCGGGAGCGCCCUGCUCCUCCUCUUACCAAAGACACCGGCGGGCUCUGGCUGGGAUCUGCCUCUGCCUUGUCUUAAACUCCCUGUGGAUACCAAAAAGCCCCCGAUGGAGACGUGGCUCAGCUCCGGCGCUCGGGAGGAGCCCCGGAGCCUUCGCGGUGCCCUGCUCCCCGCUGCUGCUGUGUCCUGGCAGAGGCCGGGAGCAGCCUCCUUCAUCCCCUCGCCUCGUGCUGCGUGGGCUGAGGAGGAGUGUGGAUGUGCUUCCUCCCCUGCCCACCUUGCUGCAGCGGGGUGCUGGCACCUCGCUGUGCCAUUGAAGCUUUUCCCCAGUGUUACGUGGGGCCAUCCCCAUUGCUGCGCUCCCUCCUGGCUCUGGCAGAGUUGGAGGGGACACCCCAUCUAUGCAAUCACAGCAGCCCCGUGAGGACCCUUGCUAAGCAAUAACCCUGCCCCUAUGGCUGCUGCUCCCCUGGCCUUGCCUUGCUUUUCCUUCCCUUCCCCUGCUGGUGUGAGCCCCCUCUCUUGCUGCAUCCCUCUGCGUGACUGAUGACUGGUUAUAUUUGUAAUAAAGAUGUAUUUUGUAGCUU